AUGGACAUUCGACACUUCUUCAAGCGUCAGCGGAUGUGUGACGAAGUGUUAUCAAGUUGUCCUGCUGAAGAUCCUGGUGUGACAUGUUUCAACGUUGCCACAUCUGACCAAAGUGAAGCAAGCUUUCAUCAGCAGACAGCAGCUGACAUCGUCGAGUCUACGAGAGGGACUGCACCAACGGUGAGCUCCCACGACGUAGUAAACUACGAUGAUUUCCCUUCCCCUUGUUUGGGUUUAAACCAAAGUGACACCAGCAAGGAAGCAACUCGGGUCUUUAAUAAUUACGACUUGGGAGAGUUUCUAGACAAAGCUAAACACCCGAGCAUCCCGGACUCUUUGAAGUUACGCCUUCUUAAAGACGCAUGGACGCCAGAUGUAAAGUACGACUUUAAGAAAGAUGUAACGUCUGUCAAAAGGAGUUUCCGCUACCAAUGGCUGGCAGAUUACUCCCCUUGGCUUGCGUACUCAGCGACAGCGAAAGGCGCCCUUUGCCGUUACUGCGUCACUUUUCCCCCGAAUGUUCACCGCGGCACUCAAGGUAGCUUUAUCGUGCGUGCUUUCAUGAACUACAAAAAGAUGCAUGAGGCGUGCAGGGAUCACGUAAAGUCCCAAUGGCACCAGGAAGCAAUGGCAGCCUCACAAGACUUUAUGAAUGUAAUGAUGAGCAAGCAGCUACCCGUUGCACAGCAGCUGAACAGAGCACUGCAUCACCAAGUUGAAAAGAACCGCGAGAAACCAUUUCCUAUAGUUUCCACCAUCAUCUUUUGCGCAACGCAUGACUUGCCUAUUCGCGGGAAGCAGUCUGACAGUGGAGUCUUCAACGAUCUCCUUGAUUUUCGGGUGGAAGCUGGAGAUGCUCGACUUCAGGAACACUUCGCUUCUUGUGCUGGCAACGCAAAGUACACUUCUGUCCGGAUCCAGAACGAGAUCAUCACAAUCUGUGGCGACAUCCUGAGGGAGCAAAUUGUGUCCGAAGCUAACACAGCGUUGGCUUUCUCCGUCCUUGCGGACGAAACGGCGGACAUUGGAGAAACAGAACAGCUGUCUAUAGGGAUUCGCUUUAUUGACAAGGCGGGAACCGAGGCAUUCGUUCGGGAGCAGUUUAUGGGAUUUUUAGAGCUGGAACAACUGAACUCCGCUUGCAUCGCCGCUACAAUCUUGAAGUUUUUGAAGGAUGCCGGGCUGAUUGUGUCGAACCUCGUUGGACAGGGAUACGAUGGAUGCUCUACAAUGGCUGGAAAAGAAGCUGGAGUAAACAGAAUAAUACAGAAAGAGCUUCCUAAGGCACUAUUCUUCCACUGCGCAAGUCACAAACUCAAUCUCGUGAUCAACGAUCUGAACGAGGUCUCUGAAAUUCGAAACACGAUAGGGGUCAUCAAACAAAACAUAAACUUCUUCCGUGAAAGCGUGCUCCGAAGGAAAUUGGUGCCCAACAUUCCGAUGCUGUGUGAAACAAGGUGGUCUGCAAAAUACAAGUCAAUUCGGAUCUUCUCUGACCAUUACGUGGCCAUAGUCGAAGCGCUCGAGGACCUGGCAUCAAUGGAAUCAAGCUCGAAUGCUGCAACGAGGGACCGCGCUCAUAUCCUCCACUGCGCAACAACGAGCUCAUCUUUCAUCGUCUGUUUGCACAUUGUCGCGAAGUACAGCGCACGGCUGGAACCCGUUACGAACAUUUUGUAG